GUGUGUGUGUGUGUGUGUGUGUGAGAGACACUGUGAGUGACACUGAGUGUGUGUGUGUGUGAUCUAGAAGAUGGCGACCCUCAGGGUUGUGUGUAGAACCGACAGCCUGCUCAGGAGGAGCGCGAGCCUCACCGUGCACAGACCGUCCCUCAGCAAGGCAUGUUGGUGUUAUUUCUCCACGUCCUCUCUUCAUCGUUCUAAGUUUUACUCGGACCCGACCGACGCUGUCAGAGACAUCCCUGAUGGAGCGACACUUCUGGUGGGAGGUUUUGGUCUGUGUGGAAUCCCUGAGAAUCUGAUAAACAGUUUACUGAAGACCGGAGUGAAGAGACUCACUGCUGUUAGUAACAACGCUGGUGUGGAUGAUUUCGGACUCGGUCUCCUCCUGAAGACGAAGCAGAUACAGCGUAUGAUUUCAUCCUAUGUGGGAGAGAACGCUGAGUUUGAGAGACAGUACCUGUGUGGAGAGCUGGAGGUGGAGCUAACACCACAGGGAACGCUGGCCGAGCGGAUCCGGGCCGGAGGAGCAGGAAUCCCCGCCUUCUUCACCGCCACAGGUUACGGCACGCUGAUCCAGGAGGGGGGGUCGCCCAUCAAAUACAACACGGACGGAUCCGUCGCCAUCGCCAGCCUCCCCCGAGAGGUGCGUGAGUUCGGUGGGCGGAGCUUUGUGAUGGAGGAGGCGAUUACAGGAGACUUUGCUCUGGUGAAGGCGUGGAAAGCUGAUAGAGCGGGGAACAUCAUCUUCAGGAAAACCGCCAGAAACUUCAACCAGCCCAUGUGUAAAGCAGCCAAGACCACCAUCGUAGAGGUGGAGGAAAUAGUGGAUGUGGGGACAUUUGCAGAAGAAGACGUCCACAUUCCCAGCAUUUAUGUUCACCGCAUUGUGAAGGGCGAGCGGUACGAGAAGCGGAUCGAGAAGCGCACAGUGAAGAAGGAGCAGGUGGAGAAACCCAAACCGAAGAAGGACUCUGACCUGGUGAGGGAGCGGAUCAUCCGCAGGGCGGCGCUAGAGUUCGAGGACGGCAUGUACGCUAACCUGGGAAUCGGAAUUCCGAUGUUGGCGAGUAACUUCAUCAAACCUGACAUCAGAGUGUACCUGCAGAGUGAGAACGGCAUUCUGGGAUUGGGGCCGUACCCGACGGAGGAGGAGGUUGAUGCAGAUCUGAUUAACGCAGGGAAGGAGACGGUGACGGUUCUCCCAGGGGCCGCGUACUUCUCCAGUGACGAGUCCUUCUCCAUGAUCAGAGGUGGACAUGUUAAUCUGACGAUGUUGGGAGCGAUGCAGGUGUCCAGAUACGGAGACUUGGCCAACUGGAUGAUCCCCGGUAAGAUGGUGAAGGGAAUGGGAGGAGCGAUGGACCUGGUGGCCAGCGCCGGGACCAAAGUGGUGGUGACGAUGGAGCACUCGGCCAAGGGAGGGAAGCACAAGAUCCUGGAGAAGUGCAGUCUGCCCCUGACCGGGAAACAGUGUGUGGACCGCAUCAUCACUGAGAAGGCCGUGUUUGACGUGGAUAAGGAUAAAGGGCUGACUCUGAUCGAGGUGUGGGCGGGGCUUACACCUGACGACAUCAGGAAGUCUACAGGAACUGAUUUUGAGGUUUCUCCUGACCUGAAGCCCAUGCAACAGAUCUGAAGACACAAUUGCACACCUAGCACAUUCAUACACACACACACACACACACACACACACACACAAAACAAUGAACAAAGUGAUUUUACAAAAACAAUUAAUAAAAUAAAAGAAUAAUUAUAAUUAGAAUAGAUCUGCAGUAAAAUAAGAAACAAUUACAUGUAGGAAGAGUUUGAUAGGGGUGUGUGUGUGUGUGUGUGUGUGAGAGAGAGAGAGAAAGAGAGAGGUAUGUAUAGUGUGUGUGUGUGUGUGUGUGUGUGUGUGUCGUGUAGUUUGGCUGUAGAUCCUAAACGCUGCGUUUUGAACAUUUACUGAAUCUGAGGAAAUAAAACACUGAAGACAAAAAAGUAGAGAUGAUUAAAUCUGUAGUGUUUCAGUCUGUAAUAAAAUAAUGACCUUUAUGAUGAAGAUGAUAAUAAAGCUGAUGAAGAUGAUGAAGAAUGUGAUGAUGAAGAAGAUGAGGUACUGUGAUUUUCGGUGUGUGUGUGUGUGUGUGUCGAGUCAGAAUCCUGCAGCUCAUCACUCAGGUUCUGCUUUAACACACUUCAGUUUUCUAAGAAAUGUUACUGAUGUUUGUACAUAAUAAACUGUUUAAUGUCCGCACAA